CCCUUCCCCCUUCUCUUCACUGUUUGUCGCUCAGUCCAUUCCUUCAAGCAGUUGCUUUGUUGGGCUGCUUGCUCUUGCUCGGGGUUUGUGGCUGGCUCGCACGCGGAGGGAGGGAAGGAAGGAAGGAAGGGAAGGGAGCGGCACAAGAUCAGCAACCGCGGCCCCGGUUGGGCGAGCAAAGCGGUUGGUUCUGGCUCGGACCGGUUGGGGCUGGUUUUCCCCGCGCAAGCGCAGCUUCCCCCGUUAGAAAGUAGGGAAGGGCGAUGGCGGCUGACGGGAGUCCUGCAGCGGGCAUGGCCGGGAUGGUCGAGGAAACGCGGGGGGAUUCUCAGGGUACGGCCAGUCCAAGCCCUGGACCGGCCUCCGCCGUGCCUGCGAGUGAGUCGACCCCCACGAGAAACGACCCGACGGUCCCGGAAACGGAUCCCGGGAGCAGCGCUGGAACUGUAGGCAGUGGAGGUGCACGACGGUUCCUGUGUGGCGUCGUAGAAGGAUUUUAUGGAAGGCCUUGGGUUAUGGAACAAAGGAAAGAGCUUUUUAGAAGACUUCAAAAAUGGGGACUGAAUACAUACCUAUAUGCACCAAAAGAUGAUUACAAGCACAGGAUGUUUUGGCGAGAAAUGUAUUCUGUGGAGGAAGCUGAGCAGCUCAUGACUCUGAUCGCAGCUGCUCAAGAGUAUGAAAUAGAAUUUAUCUAUGCCAUCUCUCCUGGACUGGAUAUUACUUUCUCAAACCCUAAGGAAGUAUCUACGUUGAAACGCAAAUUGGACCAGGUUUCUCAGUUUGGUUGCAGAUCAUUUGCACUCUUGUUUGAUGAUAUUGAUCAUAAUAUGUGUGCAGCGGACAAAGAAGUAUUCAGCUCUUUUGCCCAUGCCCAGAUUUCAAUCACAAAUGAAAUCUACCAGUAUCUUGGAGAGCCAGAAACAUUCCUUUUCUGUCCCACAGAAUACUGUGGCACUUUCUGCUAUCCAAAUGUUGCUCAGUCUCCUUAUUUACGUACUGUGGGAGAGAAGCUUUUACCUGGAAUUGAUGUGCUAUGGACAGGUCCCAAAGUGGUAUCUAAAGACAUUCCAGUGGAGUCUAUUGAAGAAGUUUCAAAGAUAAUUCGCAGAGCUCCAGUCAUCUGGGAUAACAUUCAUGCUAAUGACUAUGAUCAGAAAAGACUGUUUCUUGGGCCAUAUAAAGGUCGAUCAACAGAACUCAUCCCACGCUUAAAGGGUGUCCUGACCAAUCCAAACUGUGAAUUUGAAGCCAAUUUUGUUGCAAUUCAUACACUGGCAACCUGGUACAAAUCUAAUAUGAAUGGAGUAAGGAAAGAUGUUGUGAUGACUGACACUGAAGACAGCACAGUUUCAAUUCAGAUUAAACUGGAGAAUGAAGGGAGUGAUGAAGAUAUUGAAACAGAUGUUCUCUAUAGCCCUCAGAUGGCCUUGAAAUUGUCAUUAACAGAGUGGCUACAGGAAUUUGCAGUACCUCUUCAGUACAGCAGUAGGCAAGUGGCCCACAGUGGGGCUAAAACAAGUGUUGUGGAUGUACCUCUGGUGGCACCAUCCUCUUUAAAUUCAACCACUGUGGUUACUACAGUGUACCAAGAGCCCAUAAUGAGUCAAGGAACUGCACUGAGCAGUGAGUCUCAAGCUCUGGUUAAAGUGGAGGAGGAGAAGAAGCAAUUAGAUGAGGAACCAAUGGACAUGGUGGUAGAAAAGCAAGAGGAUGCUGAUAAGAAUAUAAAUCAAAUAUUGACUGAUAUUGCUGAAGCAAAAAUGUCAGAGGAGUUAAAACCAAUGGAUACUGAUAAAGAAAGCAUUGCUGAAUCAAAAUCUCCGGAGAUGUUAAUGCAGGAUGACUGUGGUAGUGACAUUGCACCAAUGCAGACAGAUGAGCAAACUAACAAGGAACAGUUUGUGCCUGGCCCCCAUGAGAAGCCUUUGUAUGCAGCAGAACCUGUGACUCUAGAAGAUCUACAGUUACUUGCAGAUUUGUUCUACCUCCCAUAUGAACAUGGGCCCAAAGGGGCACAAAUGUUACGAGAGUUCCAGUGGCUCAGAGCCAAUAGCAGUGUUGUUAGUGUAAAUUGUAAAGGAAAGGACUCUGAAAAGAUUGAAGAAUGGCGUGCUCGAGCCACCAAGUUUGAAGAGAUGUGUAGCUUGGUGAUGGGCAUGUUCACUCGUCUUUCCAACUGUGCCAACCGAACAAUCCUCUAUGACAUGUAUUCGUACGUCUGGGACAUCAAGAGCAUCAUGUCAAUGGUGAAAUCUUUUGUGCAGUGGCUAGGGUGUCGUAGUCAAUCUUCAGCACAGUUCUUAAGUGGAGACCAAGAACCCUGGGCCUUUAGAGGUGGUCUAGCAGGAGAGUUCCAGCGUUUGCUGCCUAUUGAAGGAGCAAAUGACCUCUUUUUUCAGCCACCUCCUCUGACUCCUACUUCUAAAGUCUACACCAUCAGGCCCUAUUUUCCUAAAGAUGAGGCAUCUGUAUACAAAAUCUGCAGAGAAAUGUAUGAUGAUGGAACUGAACAGCCUUUUCAUAGUCAGCCUGACCUAAUUGGUGACAAGCUGGUAGGUGGCUUGCUUUCUCUUAGCCCAGAUUACUGUUUUGUCCUGGAAGAUGAAGAUGGCAUCUGUGGCUAUGCCCUGGGCACUGUUGAUGUAACUCCUUUCAUUAAGAAAUGCAAAAUUGCCUGGAUUCCUUUCAUGCAGGAGAAGUAUAGCAAGCCAAGCAGUGAUAAGGAGUUAUCGGAGGCAGAGAAAAUCAUGCUGAGCUUCCAUGAAGAGCAAGAAGUUCUUCCAGAAACAUUCCUUGCCAACUUCCCAUCACUGAUAAAGAUUGAUAUUCAUAAAAAAGUGACUGAUCCAAGUGUGGCGAAAAGCAUGAUGGCCUGCCUACUGUCCUCUCUCAAGGCAAAUGGCUCUCGUGGGGCUUUCUGUGAAGUGAGGCCGGAUGAUAAAAGGAUCCUGGAAUUCUACAGUAAGCUGGGAUGCUUCGAAAUAGCUAAAAUGGAGGGAUUUCCAAAGGAUGUUGUUAUCCUUGGAAGAAGCUUGUAAGGAGGUUGUCAGUGAACUUUUGAUACUGUAGUCACCUAACUAUUGGAGAGUGGUGAGCCCGAGGUUUAUCUUAUUGUCUGUCUGUGCAAAGGCAGCAGUCAGCUGGCCUGACAGGAGUUACAAGAAAAUUUACCCACUACCCUCUCUGGGAUGCUGCUCAAUACACUGUUUGGAAAACGGAUACUGGUCAUCCUCAUUUCCUGGUCUUAAGUGAAGUGCCAAGGAAUACUGCGUACGAUGUAGCCUUGGGAAGUGAUUUGCAUGAAUUCCCAGAGGUACUGGUGGCAGUUCCAUGCAUCCACCUCUGUACUCAACAGAAUGGCUGUCUUCUCCAUGACAUACUUCUCCCAUAUGUCAUGAGGUGGAUGAAGGAGAUGAAAGUGAAAUCUCAACAGAGGAAAGCAGGGUGUCUGUGUUGGUCAAUUACUGAAAGGCUGACAUGGACAAUUCUAGGUUUUGUUGGCUGUCAUACUUACUAUAGGGAAAUGAAUGGCCAUCACCUCUAAAGAAUAUUGGUUAAGCUUUGUGCUUCGUAGGGAUAAACUGUGCAUUUGUCUGUGGCAAAGUCACUCAGUGCGGAAGUGUAAAUUUCAGUGUGUAAAUAUAUAUAAACUCGCUGUAUGCUAACACUUUGUGUUUAAUCGUUUUGUAAUUCUUUUGCUUUCCAAAGCAAAGUGGUAUAGCUCUGGGACAGCACUUUUGAAUAACGUCGAAUUACAAGAGAGGCUAGAGCCAAUUUCACAACAGGCCUUUUCUUCCAUGCCUCAUACCCUUCAUUAGAAAGGUAGGUUUAGAAAAAGGAGUGCUGAUUUAGAAAGGUCAUUUAGGGGAUAAAUUCGCAAAAAGUCAACAUGGCCUCCUACUGGGGAAAAGCUGGUCAGAGGGUGAUCCAGUGAGAUGAUUGUUACUGCCAGCCAGUUGCCUACCCAGCCUGGGUGGAUGAAAGAGGGAAUACUUAGGGCCCGUUUCCAAGUCCUUCAGUCUGAGUAAAUCAAGAUCUUCAUGCCAUGUUCAUUUUAGAGACUUCUUUGUGGACAAAAAUAAGCACAUUUGUGCAACUUACUUACCUACUUCUAUUAUUAUUGCCUGUUCCAAAUAUUAAGGUUUUCACUGAAAUCUUACAAAUGGAAUCUGCAUGGCUAGUAGUUGUAAUAAGAAGUAGGUGCAUUAGAUUGGAGGAGGUAUUACUGUUCCAUUUAAUGCAUUGUUCUCACAAGGCAAUUGGCUAACACCUCACCUCAUUUCUGUCACCUGCUACAAUCAACUAUUUUGUUUAGUUUGAAAAUAUUUCUUUUUAGGGACGGUAGAAAUUGAGGUGAUCUUUUUUAAAUCCUUUCCAUCGAUGUAGAUUCUGAAGCUUUAUACUUUUUUUCUCUUUCAAAUGGCAAUUUACUGCCAAAUAGUUUGCAGCCUCUACUGAGAAGCUGGUGUUUGGCCUUGGUUAUAGAUACACUCACAGGUAUUUGAUUUUCACUAUGUGAACAGUUUUAAUAGCAAAGCAUUUAAGCUGCAACAUAUACAUUUCACUUGGGGAGGGAGUCACUGAACUGUUACGAUAGAUCUUGUGUAAUUCCAAGCUGGCAUUCAUGAGUUUCCUUUGUCUUUGAAUAUAUACAAAGCAUCUAGCCACUUGGUUUUGUUUUCAUCAGAUACCAGGAAAAAACUCUGGAUUUAUGGCAUUAUACAUUUUGAGGGAGGGGAUAGCUUUGAUUUUUAUACUGUUAACACAGAUUCUCUUAUCACUGUUUUAAGUUACUUGUAUGAUAGCCUUGAAAGUCUGGGUCAGUCCCUUGUUCUGGGACUACAAAGCAAUGCUUUAACCCAGCUUUCAUCGUUAUCACUUUUCAUUGCAUACAGUUGGAAUGCCACUUUCAUGACUGUCUUUAGACCUACUGUAUCUGUAGCAGAACAACAGACUGUGUAUAAUUGUAUUUGGAGACCAUGUGAGAAAUAGAAUAAAUUGCAAAAUGAAUGUAAAAA